AUGUCUUAUAUUGUACCAAUCCACCCCCCAAGCGGUGUACGCCAUGCCAUCAAGUUGAAUUUCUUAGAGCCUACUAUUGACACACUAAUUGUCGCGAAAGCAAACCGACUCCAAAUAUUCGAGCAAGGACCGGAAGGCUUGACCUUGCUGCACACGAAGACCGUCUAUGGCUACAUCACCAUCCUCGAGAAGCUCCGCCCAGAAUCUUCCAAGACCGACCACCUCUUCGUCGGGACAGAUCGCUACCAAUACUUCACCUGUUCAUGGAACCCGCAGACAAAACAGCUACAAACAGAGCAAAGCUAUGUGGAUCUGGCAGACAAGGUCCUUCGCAGCUCGCAAGAGGUGGAUAGAUGCCACGUUGACCCUACGCGGCGGUUCAUGACGCUGGAGCUAUACGAUGGAGUAAUAUCAGUUUUGCCUUUCGUACAACCUUCCAACAAACGGAUCAAAAGAGAAAACACUUCCAGUACCCAGGUCGGAGCUCUCGGCGAGCCGGUCCAGGUCAGGGUCCCGGAGUUGCUGACGAGAUCGUCUACUUUUCUGGAAAUGGACCCCGACUCCAAAGACAAUCCGAGGCUGGCAAUCUUGUGGGAAGACAAUUUGGAGAACCCACAACUGGUGCUGAAAGAGCUCAAGUAUCGUUCUGGUGGAGACCAAGCAUCUGCGGACCUGGAGACAGUAGCCGAAUUGAAGGGUGAUCAGCUCGACAAGGGCGUGAGCCAUCUCAUCCCCGUACCUGUACCGUACGGGGGCUUCCUGAUUCUCGGCGACCACGCUAUUCGCUACGUCGACCGUGACUUGACUAGUGUCGUUACCCAGCCCCUGGAGGACAGCUCGACCAUCUGGGCCUGUUGGACCAAAAUCGACGAUCAACGGUGGCUCCUCGCAGAUGACUACGGCAAAUUGUUCUUUUUGAUGAUCGAGACUAGCUUUUCCGAAGUGAUAUCAUGGAGAUUGGAUCCUGUCGGUGUUACCUCAAAGGCUUCUUGUUUGAUAUAUCUCGAUGACGGCUAUGUCUUCGUCGGGUCGCAUGCGGGCGAUUCCCAGGUUGUCCAUAUCGAGGAGGAAGGUGUUCGCAUUGUUCAGACCCUCCCCAAUAUUGCCCCUAUCCUGGAUUUCACCAUCAUGGAUCUAGGUCGAGGCGCUGAAGGCGGCGCGGCUCCCGAGUUCUCGUCCGGCCAGGCUAGGAUAGUGACAGCUUCUGGCGCUUGGCAGGAUGGUUCCAUUCGAAGUGUUAGGAGUGGUGUUGGUCUGGAAGAGAUUGGCACGAUUGGCGAACUAUCUCACAUUAUUGAUCUAUGGGGCUUGAGCUCGACAGGCCUGGGCGACAUUCAAGACACUUUACUGGUCUCUUUCGUCAACGAGACACGAAUAUUCAAAUUUGACGCAGAAGCUUCAGUUGAAGAAGUGGACGACUUUUAUCACCUCGAAUUCUCCCAACCCACCCUCCUCGCGGCAAAUAUUCCCGACCGAAAGCUGGUUCAAGUUUACGAGACUGGUCUCCGUAUUACAGAUCUUGAAUCCGGUAUGCUGACGCUGGAAUGGAAACCGCCCGACGCGGCGGCGAAGAUAACAGCUGCAAGUGCAAACUCGGUCCAUCUUCUCCUGGUCGAAGGUGGCCACACUCUCCAUGUUUUCCACGCCGCGACUAGUGACGCUAAACCCACCGUUUCAAAGACCUUCCCAACCGACUCGCAAAUCUCGGGCGUGACAGUUCCAGACACGCAGAGCAACGUAUGUAUUGUCUCAUUCUGGCAAACCGCCUCCGUUGCUGUCCUUGACCUACAUUCGCUCGAUAUCCUCCUUUCACAACCACUUGGCACCCCUGGAACAGAUAUUCCACGAUCAGUUCUGGUUGCUGACGUCCUGCCUGACGCCCCUCCGACCUUGUUUGUUGCAAUGGCCGAUGGCACGGUCCUGUCAUAUUCGUUUGACCUUUCAAAUAAUUCUCUGUCCGACAUGACGAGGAUCUUACUUGGGACAGAACCUGUAUUCUUUAAGCAACUACCUAGGGACAGCCGCUCAGGACUGUCCAACAUAUUCGCCUCAUGCGAGCAACCUUCCUUGAUAUAUUCUUCUGAAGGUAUCAUUAUUUAUUCGGCUGUAAACGCUGAUAGUGCAUCUCGCGUCUGUAGCUUCAAUUCGGAAGCAUAUCCCGAGGCCAUCGCCAUAGCAACUCCCAGCGAGCUCAAGCUGGCCUUGAUCGGCAAGGAGAGGACAACUCAAUUGCAGACGCUCCCCGUUCACGAAACGGUCAGGUGUCUCACCUACGAAGUGCAGGCCAAGAUAUUCGCGAUGGGCUGCGUCAGUCGAACCAUCGAGGGCGGCGCGGAAAUAAUAAUGAGCUCCGUCAAGAUCGCUGAUGAAGUGAGCUUCAAGCAAUUGGACUCGAUAGAUCUGCGUGACAACGAGUUGGUAGAGUGUAUUGUCGCAGCAGGUUCUUUCGAGGCAGAGAGCGACUACGGGGAGAUGUUUGUGGUAGGGACAAGCCUUCUAGAGGAAAGAGAACCUGGUCAGGAGGAAUGUCUGAGAGGUCGAAUACUGGUUUAUGAGGUGAAUAAAGAAAAAAGGCUGAAGGAAAUUACUCAAAUCACGGUCAAGGGGGCCUGUCGAAGUCUAGCCAUGUACGAAGGCCAAAUUGUGGCGGGCUUGGUGAAAACGGUCGUUCUCUACGGCCUCGUGGCCUCAUCAACAAGAGGAGACCCAUCACUCAGACUGGAAAAACUGGCCGCGUACCGCACGUCGACAAACCCGCUUUCUCUUGCCGUAACGCCCCGCACCGAGCGCUCUGCCCCUAUGAUCGCCGUCGCAGAUCUAAUGAAAUCCUUGUCCAUCCUCCAAAUCGCCCGCGAUAACUCUUCCGAAACAGGAUAUGUUUUCCGUGAGAUAUCCCGCCAUUUUGCUACACUCUGGUCGUCGGCCACUUCAUGGAUAAAUGAAAAUGAAUGGGUUGUUGCCGACAUGGAAGGCAACUUAACCAUGCUCCGUCAGGGUGACGGUGGUGAUGGACUGGGCUAUGCUAGCCGCCGGCUGGAAGUUACGGGAGAAUUCCGCCUGGGGGAGGUUGUCAACAAGAUUGUCCCCUUGGCACAAUCUCCAGCGCCAGCGAGGGAGAGCAGGAAUCACCACACAAUGGGCUCCGAGGAGGCAACCGAGUUUUCGGACUCAGAUGAUCGGCUUUUCGAUGGAUCGAAGAAGCAGGUCGCUUCCAAGAUACCCCGAAAGGGGCCGCUGGUUACCCCACGGGUGUUCCUCGCGACUAUCGAGGGUGCGAUAUACAUGCUGGCCACCAUCAAUCCAGCUUUUCUGAACGUGCUUUUGACAUUACAGUCUACAUUGGCAAACCGAGUGCAGGCCCCGGGGUAUAUGCCGUGGAGUAAAUUCCGGGCGUGGAAGACUGAGGUGCUAGAGAAGGAUGAGCCAUUCCGGGUAGUGGACGGAGAGAUGUUGGAGCAGGCGUUCCUAAGUAUGGGUGACGAGGAAUUAGAAGGAGUGUUAAGGGAGGGUGGACUGUUAGAGGAGCAAUGGGGAGUGACUGUACACGAGGUAAGGAGGUGGGGGGAAGAGUUGAGGCGGUUGUGUUAG